AUGGCCGGGCGUGGGGCAUCCUCUGCGCGCCUCGCGGCCGAGUUCCCGAGCAUUGCGCAGCUCUCGCGCGAUGAGAUGCGCGAGGUGCUUGGCGAGUCGCACGAUCCACGCAUCCAAGAAGACCAGGCGGCGUACUUUGAUGCGCUUCUGCACAGCCUCCCGGAGGUGCGCGACCUGUACGACGAGCACAAGGCGCUCCUCGAGCGCGUCGAGGAGCAGGCAGCGCGCAAUGCGGAGCUGCGUCCGAAGCUCGAGGCCGUGCGUGCCGCCACGCGCGCUGCGUACGAGCACGCGCGCGCCGCCGACGCGGCCUGGCCGGCGGUCGAGCGCGAGAUGAACGAGGCGUACAAGCGCUUCUCGCCCAUGGCACUCCAGACGCGCCUGCAGCUUGCCGCAGCGCACGCGCACGACGAGAGCGAGGCGCUUGCGAACGCCUAUGUCGAGGGACUCCCGGCGACCGACUCGCUCGAUAUGAUUGACGACACGACCUUUGUGCGGCACUACCGUGCGCUCCGCACACUCUACCACCGCCGCGCGCUCCUCCACGAACAGUGCACCCACCAGCGCGUGCAGUGGCGUACAUAA